AUGGCAGAUACAUCUACAAAUCAACCACCUGCCGCUGAUGGCUCUGCACAGCCCACGCCAGUUGCCUCGAUUCCGGCACCAGCAUCCGGCGGCGUACCGCAGUUAGGAGUCCCCAUGUUACGACCUGCUCUUGGAGGAAGAGCCGGAGGUGCCAAAACUCCACGACUGGGCCUUUCUAUCCCACCCUCUCCUAGUGCUAAACCUGUUGGUGCCACUGGCGCCACUGGUGCUCCUGCUCCCGCUCCUCGCCGACCUCUUCUCCCGACUCUUAACCUUGCUACACCCAUGGGCAGCCAUGUUGCCCCGACCGAACAACCUCUGAGACUACAAACAUGCCCUCAGCCAGGACAAUCUGCGGGUGGCGGUAGUGAAAGCAGUGCUCCUCACUCUAGGUCAGGCAGCUUCGGCCCGCUCGACGAUCGCCCUAGCAAUCCCACAUCUGCUAGCUCACAGCUUUCUGCCGUCUCAUUUGUAUCACAUUUUGGAAUCCCCAUUUCACGACCACACGGUACCCCAGACCCUAUAUCUGCUGUUGGUUCGCUCUCUGAAUUAAGCGAGGGUGGUGCUCGUAUGGAACGGGACGGUAGCAUGCAGGGUCUGGAGGCUUUUGAUAAGCUUAGCCUUGAGAAGGCUAGAAAUGCUGAUGUCGAAGAGCUAGAUGACGAGGGUUGGAGAAUUGCUAGCAUGGAAAAACGCAUCGAGGAGCUCGGCAACUUGGGCGAAGGUGCUGGUGGAGCUGUCACAAAGUGUAUCCUCAAAGGCGGCAAGACCGUUUUUGCCCUGAAGGUUAUUACUACCAACCCAGACCCCGAUGUGAAGAAACAGAUCGUCCGAGAGCUAGGCUUCAACAAAGAAUGUGCUUCCGAACAUAUUUGCACCUACUACGGUGCAUUUGUGGACCCUUCGACGGCUACAAUCUCGAUUGCAAUGGAGUUUUGUGAAGGAGGCUCUCUGGACAGCAUCUACAAGGAAGUUAAGAGGUUGGGCGGACGUACUGGCGAGAAAGUUUUGGGCAAGAUUGCUGAGGGAGUGCUCGGCGGCUUGACAUACCUUCACACCAUGCGCAUUAUCCAUCGUGACAUUAAGCCUUCCAAUAUCCUCCUUUGCCGCGAUGGUGCGGUCAAGCUUUGCGACUUUGGUGUGUCGGGUGACUUUGGAACCAAGGGUGAGGCCAACACUUUCAUUGGCACAUCUUACUACAUGGCCCCAGAGCGUAUUACCGGCCAGUCUUACACCAUCACCUCCGAUGUGUGGUCUACCGGUGUUACUUUACUUGAGGUUGCCCAGCAUCGCUUUCCUUUCCCUGCUGACGGCACUGAGAUGCAACCCCGCGCCGGUCUUAUCGAUCUUUUGACAUAUAUUGUACGCCAGCCUGUACCAACUCUCAAAGAUGAACCGGAUAUGGAUGUCUACUGGAGUGACAACUUCAAAUACUUUAUUGAGUGCUGUUUGGAGAAGCAGGCUAACCGACGAGCCACUCCUUGGAAGAUGCUCGAGCACCCAUGGAUGGUUGAUAUGAAGGCCAAGCGCGUUAACAUGGUCAAAUAUCUAUCAUUCGUAUGGGGCUGGGAGGAUACCAAAAAGACUGCCGAAUAA